UGUGGAUUGGUUGAAAGGUUGAGCAAGGGCAGAUGAAUUCUUCCGGUUAUUUACAUCACCUUCCACUCACUCAUAUUUAUCUUCUGCAGAUCUGCCAUUUGAAGCGAAUCUUCACCUGCACGCAAAAAUGGGGCACUGAAAAAUGCAAAGCUGUAACGAAGACAAAAAUUGUGCCAACGAGAUUUUGUUGACAAAGUUAUUAGUUAUAUUUAACUCAAGUUUUAGUUGACUUGCUUGAAGCACUAUCGCUGAAUUUAUGGCAGCAGUCGUCUUCCACGACCUUCGUCGAUUCGCUGUGUUCGCACUAUUUCCCCUCAAGCCCUCCUCCUCCCGUCUCGAGGGUUGGUGAUCUUUUGCAGAGUUUUUCAUUGUGUUUACCGGUAACUUAUCAAAUAAAGGUAAAUCCAGCAAGAGUACUGGAAAACGAGAACCCAUGCAUGUUCUCCCCCGCGUGUCACACCAGGCAGCGGUCAUGUUUUCAAGCUUUAACCCCAUCAAUAUUCCUAUUGAUGAAAAGCUACAUAUGCCGUUCCGAUUUCUUCUGACUGCUUACCGUGAUGCUUGGAUCGGCACCACUCGACUACGGCAUCGACACAGCAAGGGAUUGAUAUUCCUACUAGAGUCAAUGAUUUGUUGUUUCCUGCACCCGUUCGACGCUCAUGAUGGAGGAGAAGCCUUGACUUUUUGAGGCUUAAUAUCACCCAACUCUGCCCUUGGAUCCGUUUUUAAUUUUGAUGAAGCCGUGAGAGGAUGCUUACGCUGCAAUUUCCGAAAAGCGGCCGGCGAGAAGGCUAAUAAUAUACGUCUUUGAUAUUUCUGGUGCAUCUUGCGUGUUUUAUGCCCUUCUCUCCAUACCAACGCUUCAUGCUUGACUGUCCCUCCUCAAUAUCGGCGUGUAUCUCCAGAGAGUAUGGACCUUAACGGCCACUUCGGACAUGGUAAGAAUAACAAUACUUCAUCCGAUAUACCGAAAUCGCUGAGCGAAAUCGGGGGAGAAGAGAAUGCGCCAGAUGCGAGCCGAGAGGAUGUCCAGACUCGAACACCUUGGUACAAAUCCACUACCCUGCACAACGUGAUUUUCGAUAUUUUCUGUUUCGCAUGGCUGGUGCCGAUUAUCGCCUCGCUCUGGUUAAAUUUCACGGAGUAUGUUAUCGGAGCAAGCGUUUCCUGUGCUAUCCCGGGCUACAAAGAUCACUGCAAUCUUUGGCGGAAUCUCCAAGAACAUACCGUUGCAUUGGACAACAAGGAUCAUGAGGUGUUGGGAUUCUUACAGCUGGUUGCCAAAGCUCUUGAGGUCUGGUUCACAGUUUGUGCCGGCAGCCUUGUCUUGGAUUUCUCGAUGCUGCUACUCCGGCGCCGUGGCCUUCCAGUGGGCUAUUUCCUGACGUACAUGGAAUUUGCCAAUGUCAUGAGCCCUUUCAGUUUUACGUUCUGGAAAUCGAUUAGAACUCCUAAGAACCUGGCUUCAUCUGUCUCUCAUCGAAAAUCAAAAGCUUCUCUUUGGUUUUUCGCUUUCCUGGCUCUACUCCUUUGCAUAACGUGCAAUCUGAUGGGGCCUGCAGUUGCGGUCCUCGUUAUCCCUUCCCUUGGGUGGGCAGAAGUCAACUCACCUAUGGAGGGGGCUUUCGGGGUGAUGCUUGCAUCUGAUCCUCCAAAACGUAUUAGCAACCUCCGCAGCUGUGAAGAGGCGGCCUUGAUAGCAGGUAAUUUUACUUGCACUGAUUACUAUUCUUCAAGUGUGGACGAAAUGUCGGCGGGAUUGCAAUGGCGCCGCUCACUCUGGGAUAAUGGUUCUACAGUGCUGGAACCGAUCCUCGCGGAUGGUAAUGUGGCCUUCUCCUAUAAUUCGUCGACAUGGGGAGACAUCCACCAUGUAUGGGUGCCAAGUCGACAGAUCCUGCGAGAGAUGAGUCUUGAUUACAUGGAGAUUUUUAAUUCAAAAUCCAAAAAUACCUUUGAGGAGGCGAAACGUGCUCUGCCCGAUCGCGAUCUUGAUUUUGAUCUCUUCAAUUACUAUCGGAAUACCCUGGACAUUGAAGUGCACCGUGAAGGCCCUAGCCUUGGAACCAAGGGCUUUUGCACCACAGCUAGUAUCAUCGACAUAGAACUAUCCAGUACCAAGUCGGUCCAUUGCUAUAAUACAACUUCCCGGAGCCAACCCGGUUAUUAUUAUGAGUGCAUCCGCCUUGGAUCUCCUUGGAAGGACGCUAGAGUUGCCCAUUCAAACUUUUCAAUCCGAGAAACAGACACAACAUCAGGUAGAAACAUUUCUGUGAAUAUGUAUUCAGUGGGGAGGUCCUUUGGAAUCCCUCCAGAGAAGGAGCACUGUAUUGUGGAUCGUGAAAUCAGUGAUAGCUGUGACUGGGAUCGAAUAUCGUCCCUUAUUGUUCGAAACCCAAGACAAGCAGCUCUCCACUUGAAUAUACAAUUUGUUGAAUAUACCCCUACAAACAUGGUCACGCCAAACUCUACCGUAGUGUGUCAAACAAAUUCCCACCUUACGUUCCCUUCCUAUACAAUGACGCUAACGCCCCUGGAAAUCAACAACACCAUCGUCAAACUGGUUGUUCCCCAAGGCAAACCGCCAAAGAGCAUAUUCCUGCACUCUGACUGGAUGCUUGCCGCUUGGUCAGUGUCAAGAUCCGGCACAGUGGAUGGCAAUCGCCUCGCAGCAUCCAAUUUGGUAGCCAGUGUCAAAUCCCUCGCUAGCAUUCCUCUACCUGAGACACGCGAGGAUAUCCCACCCUUCAGAAAGGCUACGAAUGUUGUCUUGGACCAGCAUAGGCUCAUUUACAACCAUGCUCUGUCUCUCAUUGGCCAUACACUAGUCAAUGCCACUGAGCUGGGAGAGUCCGGCACCUAUAUGGAGCGACAUCCUCAACUCACCUCGCUUAAAAAGUUCCGUGUCUGGGGGUAUGGAACCGAUUCUCAAUCAAGUAAACUAGGCGUGGCAAUGGCCAUAGUUGGAUGCAUCUUUGUUUUGGGCCGGACAUUGGCCAGGCCGUUAUUUAUGCAUUCUCGACCUUCAACGCUUGAUAUCGUCAUCGCAGCUUUGAGAUACAGUGGUGGAUUUGGUGAGUCCGCCGGAACUUCGAGCGAUGAGAACGUCAGGUUUCGCCGUGAUACCAAUGCUGAAGAUUUGACUUUUGUUCUCCGGUGAUAUAUGAACAAUAUUGGAAAGUUGGAUUGUUCGGCUUUUUGUCUUCACUCUCCAUUUUGAUAUCAUUUAUUUUACCCCUAUUAUUUCCCUCCGCCUCGUUAUAUUGGUUCUACUGUUUAAUUUAAAACCUUCCGCUUUCAUUUUUACUAUUUUAUUUUUCUUUUCAUUCUCAUUUUCUUUUCAUUCUUCUAUUGAACUUCUUCUAGUGUGAUACGACUAUUAAUGUCCAACAAAACGUGUAGGGAGUUAUACUUAUAAACUGAAAAGAAACUUUCUUGAGCUGUGAUCACUUAAGGCCAGCUACUGAAUCACAAUCUAUAAAAGCUUUUAUAAGUUUAUCUUUGAAAUUGACUCAUAAGUCAGACUGUGUGAUAUGAAAGAUAAAGAAGCUGUCAUCUACACAAUAACAGAUCUCUACUAUACUGAA